AUGUGUCGGCUGCGAGCCCGCGCGGCCCCCUGCUGCCCGGCCCGGGGCUGCCGGGUGCAGGGCACUGGGCUACUGCUGCUCGCCUACCUGGCUUACCUGGUGCUGGGCACCGGCGUGUUCUGGGCGCUGGAGGGCCGCGCCGCCCAGGACUCCAGCCGCAGCUUCCAGCAGGACAAGUGGCGUCUCCUACAGAACUACACGUGUCUGGACGGCCCGGCGCUGGACCUGCUGAUCCGGGACAUCAUCCGCGCCUACAAAGCCGGGGCCCCCCUCCUGAGCAACACCACCAGCAUGGGGCGCUGGGAGUUCGUGGGCUCUUUCUUCUUCUCCGUGUCCACCAUCACCACCAUCGGCUACGGGAACCUGAGCCCCCAGACCAUGGCCGCCCGCCUCUUCUGCGUCUUCUUCGCGCUGGUGGGGAUCCCGCUCAACCUGGUGGUGCUGAACCGGCUGGGGCGCCUCAUGCAGCGGGGCGUGCACGGGUGCGCGCGCCGCCUGGGGGGCAGCCGGCAGGACCCGGCCCGGGCGCGGUGGCUGGCGGGCGCGGGCGCGCUGCUGGCCGGGCUGCUGCUCUUCCUGCUGCUGCCCCCGCUGCUCUUCUCGCGCGUGGAGGGCUGGAGCUACCUGGAGAGCUUCUACUUCGCCUUCGUCACCCUCAGCACCGUGGGCUUCGGCGACUACGUGAUCGGGAUGGACCCCUCCCGCCGGUACCCGCUGUGGUACAAGAACGUGGUGUCCCUGUGGAUUCUCUUCGGCAUGGCGUGGCUGGCCCUGAUCAUCAAGCUCAUCCUCUCCCUGCUGGAGACCCCCGGCGGCGCGUGCGCCUGCUUCCACCGCAGCCCCAAGGGGGCCCCCAGCGCCCCAAGCCGGAGGCAGGGCCCGGACGGGGAGCUGCCAGGCUGCUUCCCCCAGGGGCCUGGGGGAGUCACACAGCGUCUGGAACCGUCCACUCAGGUCCCCCUCAGUGGCAUGGACAGCUGA